UCUUUUGAUAAUUUUAAUUGCCGGUUUGGUUGGUCGGUCUGCUGCUAAAUGACUACACGCAAAUUUAAAUGUAAGGAGGCAUUAAACGCUCGCAUUAAAAAAAGAGGAAUGAAAAGGAUCAAGUUUGUAUACCUACAAUCGCCAUAUUGAACUCGUCACGAAGGUAGACGCUGUUGCUUAGCAACGCCUCUUCACUAACAAACAAACAUGGCAGACAGCACACCCAGACCCGCGCUACUUGCUUUAAAAAAGCCUCAAACAUCUUACUCAGAAAGGCCUUCGAGACCCAGACCACAAAACAGGUCUUCCUCCGCUCCUUCGAAGAAACCAUUACCGAUGGACCUCCUAGCCAAAGAAGAAGAAUACAAACGUUGCAAUGCAGAGCUAGAAGCAAAAACAGCAGAACUUGUUCGGGAAGCAGAGCAAGUUAUGAGGGAUCAAAAUGAGGUGCUCUCCAAACCAAUCUCUUCCCAUAUCUCAAUUGAUACUGACUGUGAUUUUGAAGUUUUCAGGAAGGCCGACACAAAAAGAGAAUCCACAUCUAAGCAGCUCCCUACAACGAUCACGAGAAACAAGAACUACUCUGCAAAACCUUCAAAGCCAAACAAGCCAGGAUCAGGGCAUAAAAAGAUUCCCCAAAAAGCUCCACAGACAGUGGUUGAUGAUGUUGCUAUUCCUGAAGACUUUGGGGAUUUCUCACUCGCUAAAACAAUCAGCAUAAUUGAGGGCAGAGUUAGUGAUGAUCUCACGGAUGAACACUUGCAGGAUGACAUCAUGCCCAGUGCUGGAGACGAGAUGGGUGCAGAAGCUCAAAUCAGAUUUUUGAAGGCUAAACUUCGAGUAACGCAGGAGGAAUUGAAUAGACUCGCAUAUGAGUGCAACAAGAAGGAUGACGAAAACGGCACUUUAAGCAGUAAACUGAAGGACUUGGAGGAGGAAAAGGCAAGAUUGCAGAGGACUGCAAAUGUCCAACAGACUCAAGUCGAGAAGCAAAGAUCUUUAGCUGAAGAAUCAAGUCGGAAAUGUGAAGGUCUGCAACAGCAAGUGGCAGCACUGCAAAAGGAGCUGGACAGUAUGAAGAGGACCCACAAGCAGGCAGCCAGUACCCACAGUGCAACAGAGGUGCGCUUGAAUAGAGCUCUGGAGGAGGUUGAGAGGACUAAAACACAGCUCAACAAACUCAAACAGAGCAGUAAGGAUUUAACCUGUCAGGAGCAACAAAAGAUUGAAACAUUACAAGCUGAGAACAGAAAACUGGAACGGCAAAAGGCUGAGCUUAUUGUGGGCUUUAAAAAGCAACUUAAACUAAUAGAUAUUUUGAAGCGACAGAAGAUGCAUUUUGAAGCGGCCAAGCUGUUGUCCUUCACUGAAGAGGAGUUCAUGAAAGCUCUGGAUUGGGGAAAGGAUGGAGUCUCUUAGAUUCUUGUUUUGUAUUUUGUAAAUAGAGUAAAAUGGAUUAAUGUGUACAACAAACAGCUUACAUUUCAUUUAUUGUUUAACAAUCUUCAAACUUUAUUAAAUAACAUUCUGAAUAUCAUAA